AUGUGGGGAAGGAUCGUAAGCUCGGUUAGCUCAGUAUUGGACAUAAACCAAGCAACCUUAAGUGGGUGUAUUGAUAUUAUUGUAGUACCUCAAGCAGAUGGAACACUUCACAGCACUCCUUUUCAUGUCAGAUUUGGCAAAGCAAAGUUAUUAAAAAGUAGAGAGAAGAAUGUUUCAAUUAAUGUUAAUGGGGAUGACAUCCCAUUAAAAAUGAAGUUAGGAGCCGCUGGCGAGGCGUACUUUAUUCACCAAGAUGAACCCCCUGAAGAUACUUUUGGAAACAUAUCUUCUCCAAUAGACUCUCGAGAGUCAUCGCCAAGUGAUUUGGAAAUUAAUACACCUGAACAAUCAACAAAUAACUCGGGUUUAAAUAAUAUAUCUCAUGCUAAGUCAUUUGAAACAACAGUUGAGUAUAGAAAUAAGACUGACAGCACUGAUCCUUUAAAUUUUCAAAAUAUAGAAACUGAAUACGAGAACAACCAGAAUUUGACCAACGUUUUUCAGAGAUAUAACAUUACAUUAUCCUUAUGUGGCCACUUACUAUAUGGAGGAGAGGAAGAUUCAAGGCAUGAUGAAUAUGUAUUUCGAAGUAAUAUUAUUUCCUUUGAACAGUUUGAGAACGACCCAGAUCUCUGGUAUCAUUCAUGUCUAGUCGCAAUUAUAGAUGGGAAGCCUCCCUAUUAUCCAAUUAAAGCGUUUUACCCUAUUCUUACAUCAAUUAUUGCAUUUGGGAGGCCUCCAUCCACACAAGCUCUGAAAAAGUUUUUAGGAAUAACAGAAAGAAGCUCCAAGAAGAUUCGUUCAUCCUCAUUUUGCGGAAUUAUUAAUUCGAACUCCGAUUCUAAUCAUGUUAAUUGUCGUGCAAAUAGAUGUCUCUCAUCGACAAUACCGUUACCUUCUAAGUCCUAUAUACAAGGCUGUUUAACAGCCCCCGUUUCUGUUGAUAACUGUGAAGCAUCUUCAUUUGAGAGUAUUGAAAGCAUAUCAAGUUCACCAAAUUUGAUAAGAAUGGACAGCCCAACUAAUGCAACGGAUUGCAUGUAUUUGUGCAGAUCUAAACCUCCUGCAAAAUAUUUUAGGCACUCUCUAAGGCCAACAUCCGAUCAAUUGAAGAGCAUGAAUUUGAAGUGGGGUGCAAAUCGAGUGACUUAUACUGUUGAAUCUUCUUUACAGGGUAAAAAAACUGUGAGUGGAACUAUUUAUCUCUGGCCGCCGGAUUCAAGGAUUGUGGUGUCGGAUGUUGAUGGUACAAUAACACGGUCAGAUGUGUUGGGCCAACUUAUGCCAAUUGUUGGUAAAGAUUGGUCGCAUCAAGGUGUAGCGGAACUUAUGUCAAAUAUUGAAGCUAAUGGUUACAAGAUUGUUUAUUUGACUGCUAGAGCAAUUGGUCAGGCGGAUGCAACCCGUGAUUUUUUGUUUGGACUGAAGCAGGUUGGAAAUUCUGGUAAUGCAACUUUACCUGAUGGCCCUGUUUUUUUAUCUCCUGAUCGAUUGUUUCCAUCAUUUAAGAGAGAGGUAAUCGACAGAAAACCAUAUAUUUUCAAAAUUGCUGCUUUAAGAGAUAUUAGAAAUUUAUUCCCAAUUUAUAGAAACCCCCUUUACGCUGGGUUUGGAAAUCGUGAUACUGAUUAUCGUUCGUAUUCUCAUGUUGGCAUUCCUGAAGGGAAAAUUUUUAUUAUAGAUCCAAAGGGGGUUAUACAUCACGUAAAUAAAACCUAUGCAAAAACAUAUGAGACCCUAUCAGAAAUAGUUGAAUAUAUGUUCCCACCGUUGAUUGAAUCUUCAAAGAAUAAUUUAAAUAAAGAUGCAUGCGAUUUUGUUGAGAAUGAUGAUAAUCAACUGGACAUUUUGGAUGAUCAGGUUCGUCGAAAAUAUAAACUGUUGCAACAUACUGCUGUUGAUGGGGACAUGUUAAGUAAAACAAACAGUAACACAAUAGAUAUUAAUUAUAUAGGCAAACAUCAAAUAAUAGAUGUUGAUUGUGGUGACAUUGAAGACAAUAAUUCCGAUUGCUCUAUGAACAUAAAUUCUUAUAAAACAGCAACUGCAAUGUCAAACUACUUCUCAAGUAUGGAUGCAUCUGAAAUGGUUUCAAAUUUCCAGUUCUCACAUACAAUAGAAUCGAUUAUUGAAAGUGAAUUGUGA